AAGAAGAAGACCUGCACUUCGGAGUUACCUCGUGAUGUUUACGUUUGCUGUUCCUUGAAUAAAGUGAAGUAAAAGACAUACGAAGUUGUCUUAUUUCAGGACACAACAAGUUGUGACAAUGCAUCACUCCAUUUUUCCAUCGAGUGAGGACUAUAAAGUGGAGCGCUGCACAGUUUGUUGCAAGCUUUUUCAUUGCCCCCUUUGCCCAAAAUAUAAACCCAGCCAAAGAGGAAGGCUCCAUAAACAUCUGGAUGUACAUUGCAAAAAUGCCAUCACAUUCAAAGAUCAAAAGAUCUGCAAAUGCAGUUUAAAUUGCAGAAGCACCUCACAUUUCCAUUGUCCCAUUUGUGACAAAACCAUCAUAAGAAGAGCGGACAUGGAGAAACAUCUGGAGACUUGUCAAAUUUUGAACACAUCUGCUGCACCCAACCCCCUCCUUCUUCCACCAUCCACUCUUCCACAAGAUGUUCCCUGUGCCCCACCUACCACCUCCUCCACUGCCCAGUCUACCACCUCCUCCACUGCCCAGUCUACCAACUCCUCCACUGCCCAGUCUACCAACUCCUCCACUGCCCAGCCUACCACCUCCUCCACUGCCCAGCCUACCAACUCCUCCACUGCCCAGCCUACCACCUCCUCCACUGCCCAGUCUACCAACUCCUCCACUGCCCAGUCUACCAACUCCUCCACUGCCCAGUCUACCAACUCCUCCACUGCCCAGUCUACCAACUCCUCCACUGCACAGUCUACCACCUCCUUCUCUAUCCAGCACACUACAAGUUAUAAGAAGGCAAAAUGUUCUCAUUGCGGCCUAAUUUCUAUCUUUUUCAUAGGAUGAAGUGGCGGCCAGGAUACUCCACGACUGCAAAAAGGCCGCAGAGUGGGUUGAAACCAACCAAAAUUUGUUUUCAGGGGUGGUGGAGUUUCCAAGUGUCCUCACCAUGGGAGAGGAACAAGUGGAAGAGGUUCUGGGGCAGUACCGAAGGCUUUAGGAUGAUGCAGAAUUUGGCCAGCUUGAUGAACAGGAGAAAGAAGACAUCCUGGACAAUUUCAAAUUUAAAUUUUAAAGUGUUGAAGAAGACAUGUGGGUAUUUUGUGGGGAGAUUGUUGAUA